AUGCAGCUUUACCCUAAAACUUUGGAUGAUUUAGUUCAAUUGAUGAAGAAGAAUGCUGCUGUUUCUUCAAAUGUUAAAGAUGAUAGAGAUGAACAAACAGGUUAUGAAAUUCAAGUUGCUAAGAUUAUUGAAGUUGCUCCAAUUCGUGUUUAUGAGGUUGCAACAUUCUAUUCAAUGUUUAACCGAACAAAGGUUGGCAAGUACCACCUUUUGGUAUGCGGUACAACACCCUGCAUGAUAUGUGGUUCUAGAGAAAUUGAAGAUGCAUUGUUGGAACACCUUGGAGUAAAGCGCAAUGAAGUAACCAAGGAUGGCUUGUUUUCUGUUGGAGAAAUGGAAUGCAUGAUGCAGAUGAAUGGCACAUGGGAAGAAAGAAGUAGGGUGGAGCAUGAUAUGGCACAUGGGAAGAAAGCAGCAUAG